AUGGCUCCUCCAUCCUCAUCGUCGUCCUCUGCUUCUCCGUCUUCGCCUUCUUCAUCUUCCUCGCUCGCCAGAAUAAACAACAUUGCAAACCACAUCUCGCCCGCCAUGGCCUUUGCAACUAGUUUCCCCGCCGAUGCCGUGCCACAGGCCCCCGAGGAUCCUCUCUUUGGCCUUGCACGCGCUUACAAGGCUGACCAGAGCUCCCGCAAGGUCGACCUGGGAAUUGGCGCUUACCGUGACGAUAAUGCUAAGCCCUGGGUUCUCCCCGUUGUCAAGAAGGCUGAUGAAAUUCUCCGAAACAACCCCGAGUUGAACCACGAAUAUGCCCCGAUUGCCGGCAUUGCCGACUUCACCUCCAAGGCUGCCGAGUUGAUUCUCGGUGCCGACUCCCCGGCCCUCAAGGAGAAACGGGCCACUUCAAUGCAGACCAUCUCCGGCACCGGCGCCGUCCAUCUUGGUGCCCUCUUCCUCGCCAAGUUCUACAAGGGCAACAGGACCGUCUACCUGUCCAACCCGACCUGGGCUAACCACAAGCAAAUCUUUGGAAACGUUGGCCUCCAGUUUGCCGAGUACCCUUACUUCUCCAAGAAGACCAACGGCCUGGACUUUGAGGGCAUGAAGGCUGCCAUCCAGGCUGCUCCCGACCGUUCCAUUAUCCUGUUGCACCCUUGCGCCCAUAACCCGACCGGUGUCGACCCUACCCUCGACCAGUGGAAGGAGCUCGCUGCUAUUAUCGCUCAAAAGAAGCAUUUCCCCUUCUUCGACUGUGCUUACCAGGGCUUUGCUUCUGGCAAUCUCGCCCAGGAUGCCGCCGCUAUCCGCUACUUUAUUGGGCAAGGAUUCGAGACCGUCGUUUGCCAAAGUUUUGCCAAGAACUUUGGCCUCUAUGGCGAGCGAGCCGGAUGCUUCCACUUCGUGACCAGCCCCGGACCUGACGCCAGCACCACCAUCUCCCGUAUCGGCUCCCAAUUGGCCAUUCUCCAGAGAUCCGAAAUCUCCAACCCUCCCCUGUAUGGCGCCCGUAUUGCUGCUACCGUCCUGAACGACCCCAAGCUCUUUGCCGAGUGGGAAGACAACUUGAAGACCAUGUCUGGCCGCAUCAUCACCAUGCGCAACGAGCUGCGCUCAAGACUUGAGAAACUCGGCACCCCUGGAACGUGGAACCACAUCACCGACCAGAUUGGCAUGUUCAGCUUCACUGGUCUGUCAGAGGCCCAGGUUCUCAAGCUCCGCGAGGACUACCACAUCUACAUGACUAAGAACGGCCGUAUCUCCAUGGCCGGCUUAAAUUCGAAAAAUAUUGACCUCGUGGCCAGUGCAAUUGACAAAGUCGUGAGAGAGGUACAGUAA